CGGGGGCAGCCACACGGGCCAAGACCCCCGGCAGCCACCGCCCCCCGCGUCCGGUCCUGCCUAAGCAGAAUGGAGCCAAGGGAGAAGCAGCACAAAGAUUUCAUCGCUUUCAAGCUGCGCGACAAAAAAUGCCACUCAAAGAAAGACGGCAUCACGGGCCUGAUUGUGAAACAUCUCCAGAAGACCUUCCAGAGGCCCAUCUCCUUGCAACUGUCUUCUCCCAUGGCUCUUUCUCAGUGCUGCUCAGGCUCUUGUCCAAACUUGAUGACAAAUAAAAGCAAAAUACAUGAAGAGAAGCCUGAGGAUAUGGCGUCGUUAGUCCAGCUGCCUGGCAGGACACCCUGGUCACUCUGCUUAUCACUGUCAUCAGGAGGGGAUGGCCAGUUCAACCACCCACCACCCCAUGGCUGGCAGAGUGGUCUGCAGGCCCAGAUGGAUGAGGCUCAGAGUGGAGGGGCAGCCUGUAGCACAUGGUCCCCAGUACAGCCAUCCCUUUCUUGUGCUCUCAGAUCCAGUCCUACUUCAGGUCUUCCCCUACCUUGUCCAGUGGAUCCCCCUUCCAAACCCAAGAUUUUCAACCCUUUUUCCUUGUUCUCACCACCGUCAUGGAGCAGCAGCUCCGAAUCACAUUCUAGCCCUCUGUCCAGUGCCAACUCCAAGAAAUCUCGCAGGGGUACCUGGAAAAAAAACUUACAUCCUGAGGAUCCUAAUGGCCCAAAGCCAGGAGAGCCUGUGUGUUUCCACUUCACAGAACCCAUCAUCGCUAGGAUAACAGACUACAUCUACCUGGGGAACCUCAACGCUGCCUACAGUGGGCGGGUGCUGUGCAAGAACAGCAUUGACAGCAUCAUUGAUAUGAGCAGUCUGCCCAGUGACCACAGCCUAAGCAUCAUUCCCUGCACCUGUGGCCGGGGAGGGUUCAGGCACUGCUGGUCACGCCUCAAGGUUGACAUCCAGGCUACCCUGGAUGAGGACCAUCACCAACUGGGGCAACCCUGCUUUUGGGACAUCAAUGAGUGCAUCGAAGCCUCGCUGGAGAAAGGGAAGCGUAUCCUUAUUCAUUGUAGAGAUGGUUACUCUCUGAGUCCUACUUGUGUCAUCCAGUACUUGAUGGUCAAGCACAGCAUGAGACUGCUGGCAGCCUAUGAGUUUGUGAGGGCCCGGUACCCACUGAACAUCCAGGAGUGCCAUCAGGACAUGCUAGUGGGUUUGGAGAUGACCCUGCAGCCUGGAGGUGUCAACAUGGCAGACCUGAAGUACUCCUUGUCAAGGAAGAUGGCAUGGAGCUAAAAGGGCAGGGUGGCUAUGCUGUCUGGUGGCAGCCCUGAAGAUGAAAAGCCAAAAGGAAGAGAGACUUAACUUAUUGCAUUAAUGAAUGAGAUGACUGUUGCUGUGAGGUAUUUAGGACAGUGCUGGGGCAAGAUACACAGGCUAUGGCCUUCCUUUGUAGUAGUUCCUAGUGUCUGGUGGCAGCAGAAUGUGGGAGCUCUUUUAGGGAAAGACCAGGGGG